CGUCAGGCGACAAGGUUUGGCUGUGUGCUGUUUUCUGCUCUUCGUGCAUCGUUAUGCAUGCAUUUCUCCAAAACAUACCAGCAAAUCCUGCUCACCCUUCCGGCGGAGCUCAGGGAUAGCGCGAUUGAGUACCGGAAGCUCAAGAAGCUAAUCAACCAGGUUGUGGGCGAGCUCACGGAGCUAGGGUUGUCUCCUGAGGUGCUGCAUGAGGUGCUGCAACCAGGCAAUGCCGAUCUUACCACGUCGCGGACGAUCAGAGUGAACGAGCAAGAUGUGAAGGUCGUUUACGAGCUCAGUAAUGUAGCUGACCACAUUGAGCCCCGCUUGCGUCUCCUGGUUGAAGAACAUGACCCGGAUGUCAACGCUUCGUCUUCUGUGACUAUCGAUCACGCGACAUCUCCUGAUGCAGGCGAGGAUGCUUCAAAUGCUGAGGAGCGGAAACAAAGUGAAGACCUGGGCGCAACAGGUCGGGUUGCCGACAAUGCGGACAUCGUUACUCUAGUGUCACCGUCGGUGCAAGCCAACUCCGAAUCCAUGACACAUGAGCUGAUUAUCCCGCUCGUGUCUGAUACGGCGUUUUUCCAACUGCUGACCCAAGCUCUCGAAUAUCUCAGCAUGCGGCUUGUCGCCCUACGGCUGGAAUUUGAGGCCAACCUGAAAACCCUCUCCCGAACCAUCUCCCUCUCCGCUCGCCCGAUGUCAUCUAUGUCCUCUUUCCGCCCAUAUUCGCCUCAUGACACCCACCCAGCUUCUGUCAGCGUCCAUACACCCUCGCACACGAGCAAGUCUGACUUGUAUGCCUGGCGUGAGGUGUUCCAACUGUAUGUCGACGCAGACAUCUUUGAAAGUCACCAGGAGUGCUCGAGGGGCGAGAGGACGAUCGAGGAUGCGGAGGCACGGCUGGUGGAAUUUCUGAAGCGGCUGGACGAGAGGGGAUUCACGGACGGGAGCGUGUUCAAAGUGAAGCAGAGUGUGGAGGCGUUGCAGACGUUUAUACAUUUACUCACAUUCAUCUUCGAUCUGAGGAAGUUCCAGCACGCGACCACGGAGGCGACCCGGAAGAUCCUCAAGAAGCAUGCGAAGCGCACUGCUCUGCCCCUCUCGCCGACGUUCUACUCCCCGUUCGCUAUCCCAGACCCUACCUCAUCCCCGUCGCUGUCCAUCAUCGUGCCUUCGGCCCAGUCGCGCGGCUCCGAAGCGGCGCUCAUCUCCAAGACUAGCGUCUCGCUGUCGCAUUUACUGGGUCAGGCAAUUGGGGAGACGAUCCUGCCGAUCAUCCCGCACAUCGAUGACUACAGCUGUCUGAUCUGUACGAAUAUCGCGUUCAAGCCGAUUCGGCUGGCGUGCAGGCAUCUGUUUUGUGUCAGGUGUCUAGUCAAGAUGCAGAAGCGUGGGCAGGACCACUGCCCGAUGUGUCGUGCGCCUACUGUCCUUGCAGCUGACCGUUCGAACGUCGACUGGGCAUUGUUGAAUUUCAUGAAGGACUGGUUCCCAAUCGAGUCCAAGAAGAAACUUCGGCAAAAUGAGAGGGAGGUCGCGGACGAAGAGCUGGCAGAGCUCGGUUUCGAACACGGUAAUUGCACCAUAAUGUAGGCGGACACCUUGUUGUCUUUCUCUCUGGGCUUCUUGGUCUGCUUUCGCUAAAGUAUCGUGUAUCACGGACACCAUAUUUGCAUACGAUAGGUACCACCAGUAUAGUGCUCGCCGACAUACGAGCGAGAAGCGGAUUUUAUAUAUGUACAAACGAACGCGAAGGUAUAUAUUUAUACGUAGGUAUCACAGACACGGACAGCAGGUCGCGCACAGAAUAAUAAACAUCUACGACCGGUAUACGCAGAAAACAU